UCACUGUGGGAAUUACAGUUUAUAAUAAUCAUGUUUCACAAGCCAAUAGCAUGCAAGAUAAUGUUUGUUAAUAAGCUAAUAAAGAAAUAACACACUCCAAACCAAUAAUAGAUUGAUUACAAUAUUGUUCCAGGCAAAGGGGAGAUAAAAGAUUAUUUAGUUGAAGUGUACCUUUCCAUGAAUUCGUUCUCAGAAGGAUCAGUCCUUCCAGCUAAAAGCUGGGUAUCAGCUGUCAGCUUAGGUCCCUUGCUGCUGGGGCAUGUUGUUAGGGGGUGACAGCACCACUGUUGGUAGGCAGGCUGGGCUGCCCCAAAUGUUACUGGUCCAGGGACCAUUAUAUGGCUUGCACCACUGCCUUCCAGGGGUAGCCUCCAAGACAGGGACAGAUGUCCCUUCUCUUCCAAAGACUGCUGCAUGCUUUAACACUGCUGCGGACCAAGAGUGGCCUGGCCACGGCAGGAGCAAUUAUCUCAAGAUCUUCAGAGAGCUAUUUAAAUCAGCAAAAUGUAGCCUUGCCCCAACCAAACACUCUUGGGAGGAAAUUGGAAUUUUUCUCACUCUAUAAAAAUUUUAAGAACUAUUCUAAAUAUUUUUAAAAGGAAUUGGAAAGAUAUGAGUCAUCUUGCUUUGGCUAUAAGUGGAAAGGUAAGGAAACCAAAUAUCUGGGCAGUUAUUUGCUUAAGGUCACAAAGCCAAGGUUUGAACCCAAUUUGAUCUGAUUCUGAAUUUGGUGUUUUAUAUCGUAUCUAUAAUCCCCAGCAUUUAUACUGAAUAUCCCUUUUAAAAUAAACCAGUUUUUGCAAAUAACUCUCCCAUUGAUGGUACUACUUACAGUUUUAUUUAUUAUUCCAACAAUGAUUAUAUUCAUAUGGAAUGGAGGACCUCUUAACCUAAAGAAAAGGACCUACUGGUCUCUUUUAUUAAUAGAAAUUGAGGAAUUGAGGAGGGAUAGUGAAUAUUUUAUUAAUAGGAAAGACAGCAUGUGAUUUAAAGAUAUACUAACUAUAGAAGUUUUAAUAGCAUUACAUUUUUAUAGGCUUCUGUAAUGUCAUUUUUUGAUUUCAUGGUUGACAUGAUUUUUUUUGUUACAUCAAAAAUUGUUACUCCAGGACCACUCGCUUGUACUGACUUCACUGUAAUAGGACUUUUGUAUGUAUGUAGGCACUAAAAAAAAUUGUGCAUGUUUCACUUUUACUAGAUUAACACUGAGUUUGUUUUUUUGGAGGAGUUUAGAUAACAAUGUUAACAGCAUGUUUUGGUUACUAUAUUAGCUGCAUUUGAUGAGGUACUUUAAGAAUGAAGAUGAGAAAAACAGUAAGAUUGCAAAUGGGAACAAAAGAGAAUAGAAAAAGUUCAAAAAUUCAGAUACUUGCAGGGUUAGAAGAGGCCAGGCUUUUCAUCCGCAGCCAAUAAAAGAAGGCCUAAACAAGAAAGCUUAAUUAAAUUAAGAAUAUGGCCAUAUCAUAUCACGAGUUUAGGUUAUGGAGGGUCCCCAAAGUGUUUACUAUGCGGAAAUUCCUUCACAGCAUUUCUUGGGAAACGUAUAUUUUUCUGAAUUUCAAGACAAAUCAGUCAAGAAAUUGAUGAAACAGGAAAAGGUGUUGUAACUCUCCUGUGAGGAUUAAAGCUUAGUAUAAAUUUAGAGCCAUUGCUGUUUUGUAGGAAUCCACUGAAGUAAGAGCAGAGGAUGCUGACACGUGUAGUCCAAGAGUAAAGUCAUCAUUUCUAGGAGCCAGAACAGGAGCCCAUAGAAGAGAAGUGGUCACAAUCUGAUCACUGAUUUGUAGCUAUUGCCAUGUUAUAAAUGUGCAUUCAUGCCCCUCUCUGCUGCUAACGACCAGGAUUGAUCACUCGCUCUACGCAGCAGAUGGGGCCCCAAAUGACCCUGGGCUGCUGACUCUCCAAUAUACUCUCAAAAGACAAAGUUUCCAGCCCGAGGAUAUCAGAAACCCGUGCUGGUGACUCGGCGGCACUUUCUGGAAGAGAGUUGUAAGAAGAGUGGAGAAGAAAGGAAGGAAAUGGAUAAGGUUUGGCUGAAUGCCUCCUCACAGUGGAUGUAGAAUUAAAGUUGCUCCAAUUUAGGCCCUGUGGAUGGAUGGCUUAUAACCUGGAGAAAGAAUGGCACACAGAUCCAGGGAACUGCCGCUGUGGUCAUUCCACAGGUGUCUAAUGAAACUUUCAAGUCACCGUGCUGGGCACUGUGCAGGAGACCGAGGCACCCUAGAGAUUGCUCCAGGUCUCAUGGACCUCUCAGAGGCAUGGAAAGCAGGACAUGUUCCCCAGUCAGCAAAGGAGAAAACCCAUGGGGAAGGUCUGGGUCCUCAGCCUCCUGCCUUCGACUUAACGGCAAGCUGGAGACGGCCACAGCAAGAGGAGUUCUGAAAGUAGCAUCUGGAUGAAAGGGUGCCUCCUGGGCACUCCAGUGGCUGGUGGAUGGGGGCAUCGGUCUCUGCAUCUGUCCAUCCACCAGGCAGGCCCUGGCAGUGCUGAUGGUGGCCAGACUGAACUCACAUUGCAGCCCCAGAACUUCCAGGCUUCCAACAGAAGAACUUUGAGCUUCAGUGAAAGGCACCAGAAAUUAGUAGAUGUAAACGACUGCAGAAAGUUGCAUAUCGAGGCACUACAAAAGCUACAGAAUCAAAUCCGGGACCAAAGGGUGCAGAAUGAGAAUGCUGACCGUGCUGAACGCAAAAGGAUCCUCAGAUUAUUACAAAAUGAACAGUUUGAGUUGGAUAUGGAAGAGGCCAUUCAAAAGGCUGAAGAAAACAAAAGAUUGAGGGAGCUCCAGCUUGAACAAGAAGAAAAACUGGCUAUGGAAUUGGCAAAACUGAAACACGAGAGUCUAAAGGAUGAGAAGAUGAGGCAACAAUUAAGAGAAAACAGUUUUGAACUCAGAGAAUUGGAGAAGAAAUUAAAAGCAGCUUACAUGAAUAAAGAAAGAGCAGCUCAAAUUGCUGAAAAGGAUGCCAUUAAAUAUGAGCAAAUGAAACGUGAUGCUGAAAUAGCCAAAACUAUGAUGGAAGAACAUGAGAGGUUAAUAAAGGAAGAGAAUGCUGCAGAGGACAAACGAAACAAAGUAAAAGCACAGUAUAAUCUUGACUUAGAGAAACAACUUGAAGAACAAGAAAAGAAAAAGCAGGAAGCUUAUGAGCAGUUGCUGAAAGAGAAACUCAUGAUUGAUGAAAUUGUUAGGAAAAUCUACGAAGAAGAUCAAUUGGAAAGACAACAUAAGUUAGAAAAAAUGAAUACAACUCGAAGAUAUAUAGAAGAGUUUAAGAAAGAGCAGGCCCUCUGGAGAAAAAAGAAACGUGAGGAGAUGGAAGAAGAAAACAGAAAAAUCAUAGAGUUUGCCAAGAUGCAGGAACAAAGAGAAGAAGAUCGGAUGGCAAAAGUUCAAGAAAAUGAAGAAAAAAGGCUACAGCUUCAGAAUAUGCUGACUCAGAGAUUGGAAGAAACGCUGCGGCAACGUGAAGAUUUAGAACAAGUGCGACAGGAAUUGUACCAGGAAGAACAAGCUGAAAUACAUAAAAAGAAACUAGAAGAAGAAGCAGAAGAGAAAUUGAGAAAACAGAAGGCGUUGAAGCAAAAUUUUAUGGAACAAAUGGCCUUGAAGGAACUAGUCCUGCAGGCUGCAAAAGAGGAAGAGGAAGUCUUUAGAAGAGCUUUGCUAGCGAAAUUCGCUGAGGAUGAUCGAAUAGAGUUAAUGAAUGCUCAGAAGCAGAGAAUGAAGCAACUUGAACACAGGAGAGCUGUGGAAAAACUUAUUGAAGAGCGUCACAACCAGUUCCUUGCAGACAAACAACGUGAACUGGAAGAAUGGCAGCUGCAGCAAAGACAACAAGGAUGUAUUAAUGAAAUUAUUGAAGAAGAAAGACUAAAACUUCUCAAAGAACAUGCUACAAAAUUACUAGGCUAUCUACCUAAGGGAGUAUUCAAAAAAGAGGAUGAUAUUGAUAUGCUUGGUGAAGAGUUUAGGAAGGCGUACCAGAAAAGGAGUGAAAAUUGUGAAGAGAAGUGAUACCAAGAUUUGGUAAAAUCUUACUCUUGAAUGUUACCACUAGAUGUCAGUGUAAUUUUUGUUUUCCAGCUCAGUGAGCGUAGGAAUCCAUUGUCUCUGGAUUUUCUAAAACAUCUUUGUAUUUCAUGAUUUGUAAACAGUUAUCUAUAAAACAUUUGUUUUCUGAUAAAAAUUAAAUUACUGAGUAUAU